AUGCCUGAAUACAUAGACCUCCUAUCCUCUGAUUCCCCCGAGUCCCCAAAGCGCCCGCUACCGCAACAGUCAGUCGGGCUUCCAUCGCGCCGGCCAUCCCACCAGCUCAACCCGAUUUCGUCAGACCCGUUCGAUUCGUCGCUGUUCAACUACGAUAUUACUCUUGACAAGCCCACCAAGAAGCGAAGAAUAAGCGAAGAGCCUAUUUUAUCACAAGCUCAAACUACCAAAGGAAAAGAACCGCGCGCUGCAACCUUUGCAGCAGACCCGUGGUUUGCCAUCUCCGACGAUGAUUUCGACCUACCGCCAUUGAACGCCGCGGCGCAAAAGAAGUCGACUAAGUCUUGCAUUGAAGAGUCUGAUCCAAUUGUUCUUACAUCUCCGGCUCCAGGCCCUUUACCCAAACCUCCGGCGUCGCGCAAGCCAAAUAAGCCAAUUUGCGAUGUUUUUGAUUUCGAUGACGAUGAUAUUUUGGACUUGGACAAACACCCUCCGUCGAGCUUAAAACUACGCAGUGAUAUUGAAGAGUUCAGCGAUCCUUUUGCUUUGCCGGAAUUUGUGGACUUAUUGGAUAAACCCGAACCAAGGGAUGCUUCUAAUCCCCUGUUCUCCUCAACAACUGCUCGUCUACUUGCUCAAAUUGGCAACGAGUCAAAUCCAGCUUCUGGCCCUCAGAAGUCGAAGGCUGGCGCCCAGCCUGCGGCUAUAGAUGUCAUCCUCGAUAACAUCGACGAGCCAGUGGCUCCUCGGAAACCGGCGAAGAAGACAAGUAAAGCUGAUCCAGAAAAGGAAGCCAAGGCGCGAGCACGGGAGGCGGCUAAAUUGCAAAAAGAUCGAGACCGGGAACUAGAAAAGGAGCGCAAACAGAAGCUCAAGGAAGACAAGGCAAAAGAGAAGCAACGGGCUGCCGAUAUCGCAAGUGUUAACAAACUCAAAGUGAACAAGAAGGACUCCACGCCAGAAAUGAUCAUUGACAUGGCGACUUCUCUGGAAGAAACCAGCGUGGGUACUCAGACCUUAGAGUUCAUGAAACGACUCGGUGUCCAGCAGACAUUUUUCGGGAGCGCAAUUCCUAAUGUGGUCAAAUGGCGCCGCAAAAUGAAUGCCACAUACAACAGGGUUGCACGACACUGGGAACCUUGUCCGGCUUUCAUCCAAGAAGAAAAUCAUAUCCUGUGCCUCGUGCCUGCGCAAGACUUCAUCAACAUGAUCACCCCAGCAUCAGACGACGAAGUAAAAGAAUCACUAGAACAACACGUCCUCCGGAUCAAAGCCGCCUACUCGGACUGCAAACCAAUCUACUUAAUUGAAGGAUUGACGGCACUCAUGCGCAAGAACCGCAACGCCCGAAACAGAGCAUUCCAAGCCGAAGUCCUACGUCAGUACGCAGAGACCGCAGAACCAGAGCCUACAUCAACCACAGCUCGAGGGCGCCGACGAAAAUCAAAGAAAAACACAGACCCGGCAACCCUCAUCGACGAAGAGAGUGUCGAAGAUGCUCUCCUCGAACUACAAGUGACGCACUCCUGCCUCAUCCACCACACAACCGCACCACCCGACUCAGCAGAAUGGAUCAAGAAUUUUACAGAACACAUUUCGACAGUUCCAUACCGCCGAGAACGCCAGGAAGCAAACAACGCCGCAUUCUGCAUGGACGUCGGACAGGUCAAGUCUGGCGUAGACAAGCAUGACACCUUCGUCAAGAUGAUGCAGGAGGUUAAUCGCAUUACUGCACCAAUGGCAUAUGGAAUUGCGGGCCAGUAUCCCUGCGUCACGGAUUUAGUUCGGGCUAUGCGUAUGCAUGGUAAUAUGAUGUUGGAGGAUAUUAAGAAAUCCGCGAACAAGAAUGGUUCGUUGACAAAUGCGCGCAUUGGGCCCGCUGCUAGUAGACGUUUGUAUAAAGUGUUUACGGGUUUGGACCCUAGCUCGACGGAUGUCUAG